UGUUGGGUUAGGCUGUGAUUUGCUUCACUUCAGCUUCAAGACUCCAAAGCUCCUUAUUAUAUGCAUAUUUAUGGUUUUGGGGCACUUUGUUAGCAAGAAUCCCCCAUGUCUACUUCUAGUAAGAGCUUAAGCAGUUCUAGUGAAGAUGAUAGCGAUCAGCUUCGCAGGGGGCCCUGGACUCUUGAAGAGGACACUCUGCUCAUUCACUAUAUUUCUCAUCAUGGUGAUGGCCGAUGGAAUUUGCUUGCAAAAUGUUCAGGAUUGAGGAGAACUGGCAAGAGCUGCAGAUUGAGAUGGCUAAACUACCUCAAACCAGAUGUGAAGCGCGGAAAUCUAUCCCCACAAGAACAGCUUUUGAUUCUUGAACUCCACUCCAAGUGGGGUAAUAGGUGGUCAAAGAUUGCACAACAUCUACCCGGAAGAACAGAUAAUGAAAUCAAGAACUAUUGGAGAACUCGGGUGCAGAAACAAGCAAGGGUUUUUAAGAUUGAUACAGAUAGCACAAGAUUUCAUGAUAUUAUCCGGUGUUAUUGGAUGCCAAGGUUAAUUCAAAAGAUAGAAGAAUCAUCUACUUCAGGCAUGGAAUUCCAACACUCAGAAAUCUUUCAGUCUAUUGACAGUGCCCACAAACAUUCAGUAGCAGAAGCACCAGCACCAGCACCAGCACCAGCACAAGUUGCUGUACAGGGACCUCUUGGUUUCAGCCAAAGUUUGGAUCUCCAUGCAGUGCAGAAUCAAGACUCAGAGCCCUGCACCAGUUCAUGCAUUUCCUCAAUGGAUACCUCACACAUUUCUCUAGUUUCAGAGUAUCCAGCUAGUCCAUUUGAUGCCAUGGUUAACAAUGAAUAUGAAACAUUUUUUAAGGCUUGCUGUUAUGCAGACAACUGUAACUAUGAGAUGGAAAACCUCAACCUGGAAAGUAUACCACCACCAGCAGGGCAUUUUGAGAGUUUUAUUAGCAAUUCCCAUUCUGGGGAAAGAAACUGGGGUGAUCAUGAUCUUUCAGGUAGCCUGUGGAACAUGGAUGGACUAUGGCAAACAAGUAACUAACAAGGGCAGAACUCAGGGUCUUGUCUUUGGGAGUUCCCCCC